AUUUCUCUGUUUCCUUUUCAUUCAUAAUAUUUGGAUUGAUUGUUUUUUUUUUUUUUUUUUUUCCGUAUUUUCAACGACCCUUCAAAUUCCUUGAUUCUCUCCCCAAAUUUCUCCCCAAAUUCCUCUUUCCUUUCAUUUUUUAUCAUACAUGCAAUAAUUUUAAUUUCGAUUUAUUUUGGUUAAAAAUCUUUUAUCCUUCAUCCAUUUUCUUGAAACCCUAGAUGAUGUAAUUUCCGAUAAUCAGCUACAUUUUACAAGCAAUUUAGAAACCGAUUGUAAUGGAUCCUGAGCAAACGUUUAUUAGGGUUCAGGAGAGGUUUUCACAAAUGGUUACGCCGAGAAUUCGAGCAGCUCUUGAGUACAUUUAUCUUCUCAGUGCCGUUACUUUGUUCGCUAUUCUUGUUGUUAUGCACGCCAAUUAUGUUCAGCAGCCAGGCUGUUCUAGUGAGCUCUCUGGAGUACAGACAUCAGAUGCCCAACUCAUUUGUAUCAAGAUAAUUGGUGCUGGUCUGCUAACUCAAAAUGGAUCUGCAUCAGAUUUUGAAAAGAUAUCUUCUGAGCAGACGGUGAUUGUGCAGCCCAGAGAGUUUGAUGCUCAUGACGAUGAGUUUAACUUGUUUGCUGUGAAAUACUGGUCCAGUUGGAUUACUUCUGGUGCCAAGAAGGGAAAGUUGAACUUUAAGUUUUGGAGAUAUGAUGAUGAAUUCUUGGAAACACAUUCAGACAUGGCCAAUGAUGGAAAAAGCUUAAACUUAGUACCUCAUGAUGGUAGAGUUGAAAAAGAAGAGACAUAUGAAACUUUUUCAAUGUUUUCAAAACAAUCUGUAAGAUCAAUCAUCUUGCACUCCAUCAGAAAGUGGCACAGACGCCUAUCAUUCAUUUGGAAGCAUGGAACACGUUUUCUGCGAACUCUUUGGGACACUGCAGGUAUUCACCUAAAUCUUGACAUGCAGAAGUGGCUGCGGAUUUUGCACUUGGAUAGGUUCAACUUGGUUGCAGUGCAUUGGCUUGAAAGAAAGAUCAAAGCAUUUGAACCGACAUAUCUCUACACUAUGGAAAAAGGAUACUUCUUACUUCCUGAAGAUGCCAAAGCACGUCAUAAAAUUCGGACAGCGAAUAUUAGCAUAUCAGCCCAGCAUCCUUGUUUUGGUAACAGGUGGCAACAACUUCUCAUCAAUAGAGUGGUGGGAUAUGAUACUAUUCUGAUGAAUAGUUUGCUAGAUUCUCCUGGACAAGGGUACCUAUAUAACUACCAGACAAGGGAGUUUUACAACCUCAGUUAUGCCCAUGAACCAUCAACAGGCUCUGCUACUUUUGGAGAUUAUUUGGUAACCAAGUGUGGAGUGCUUAUGAUGUCACUUUUCGUCUUUUUUACGACGACAAUGUCAGUUUCAUUUACAUUGAGGGAGACACAGACUCGCAUGCUCAAAUUUACAGUGCAGCUUCAACAUCAUGCUCGACAUCGGCUUCCUACAUUUCAAUUGAUAUUUGUUCACGUCAUUGAAUCGCUUGUCUUUGUGCCUAUCAUGAUAGGCAUCCUGUUUUUUCUGUUUGAAUUUUAUGAUGAUCAACUGCUGGCUUUCAUGGUUUUGAUAUUGGUCUGGCUAUGUGAGCUUUUUACCCUAAUCAGUGUUCGUACUCCAAUAUCAAUGAAGUUCUUUCCACGCUUCUUUUUACUAUACUUCCUGGUGUUCCACAUAUAUUUCUUCUCUUAUGCGUAUGGUUUUUCGUACUUGGCCUUGUCUACUACUGCAGCAUUUAUGCUCCAUCUUAUCCUGUAUUUCUGGAACAGAUUUGAGAUCCCUGCUCUACAAAGAUUUUUACAAAAUCGUCGUUCACAUAUGCAGCAGCACCCAGAUUUCCACAUAACCUCUUCUACUAUACUUGCCUCAACAUUGCAUAUUACCCAGUUCAACACGGGGAACCCUGGUCCAGUUAAUAUGGGAGAUUCUUCAGUUCCUGGGGUCUCAGAGCCAAUACCUGGUGGUGAAAUUCCAGUACCUCCUAAUGUGCAGGAGGAGAUUCAUGGCUUGCAAGAACAAUCGGGGAAUGCAAAUCCGCAAGAUGAAAAUAGGGGUGGUGAUCCUCAUCCAAUCCCUGGCCAUGAUCUUCAGCAACAGGAAACUGGUCAAAACCCAGGAAAUAUGAAUUCCUUCAGCUCUUUGUUGCUAUGGAUCCUUGGGGGAGCUUCUUCUGAAAGCCUAAACUCUUUAUUCUCCAUAUUUAGAGAUAUGAGAGAUCAGGCUCAAUUUUAUGCAAAUUCUUCAAGACAAGACAGCGAUACUGCGGUGAAUGCUCAAUAGUGGUGAAGAAGCAAAGGUGAGUUGAAUUGUCAUACUUUGAGGUCAAUUGCCCCAGAUUUUCGUAACAAAAUGAUUAUAACAAGAUAAAAAUCAUGUUCGCUGAAGCAGAAAAGCGUCGUCAGAAUGUCGGCUAGUUAUAUAUGUAACUGAUAAUGGAAGAGAAAAGGCUGGGAGAAGCUAUAUAACGCAUACAACUGAAGUUGUAUUGCAUGCUUUGUGGGAAAUCUUUCUCAAUGGUGAGUUUUGGUAUGAGCAGAGGGGUUUUGUAUGAAAAGCGAUCCUCUCUGUCUUGUGAUCGUAACUGUAACUAUUGAUGUACAAAGAUGAUUUCUAUUGUGAUGCUAUAUAACAAAUACGAGUCAUUCAUUAUAGAUCUCAAAAUCUGGGUUUCCAGUCUUUUCAAGA